CAGGUUAAUUUUUGGUUUCUGUUGAUCCACCAACCAUGAGUGACCCAACAAGUGACCAAUUCCAGAAACUGAUUUGUGAGCUGAGAAGACAGAGAUUGAUGCUAGAUGUUCAAUCUUCACAAAGAACAAGAAAAGAAGAAAAGAACCAACUGAAGAAGCUCGCAGAGACAAAUUGUUCAAAUCCAGUCGUUUUGAAGUGGCUGAGAGAAAAUUCCUUCUCCAAGCUGGUGGAGAUGUUCAACUUCUUUAAAAAACACAUAGAUGAGGAGGAGAAGAAGAACCACAGCGACAUUGUGGACAUCACCUUCAUGGCUCAUGGAUCAAUCAGAGACUUCAUGAUCCCAGCCAGCUGUCUGCUGCCUCUGGCCUCCAUCAGAGACGUGGUUCUUUAUGCUCCCUGGAACUGCAUCUCUGCAGGUGCAGAGCUAACAUACGCCAUGGCUACAGGAAAACUGAAGCCUCAGCACAGAGUCUUCUACUGCUCCAAGAAGGAAGGAUGUUCAGUUCCUGAUGAAAAACACCGACCCGUGAAACUACCAGACCGCUGGAACUCAAUGAAACAGGCUGGAGACCAGAUGAUCCCAAACAUCUCAGUUAGUCCUCUACGACCAGACGAUGGUGUCUGGGAAAGCUUUGAGGAUCUCACCAAACAAUACGGUCCUGUUGGGACAAACCGGAUCGUCAUUCCCUUCAUCCUCCCAGAAAAAGAAUCAGUCCCGUUCUCUGUGGUCACCUUGGCCCUGUCUCUGGUUCUGCUCCAGUCCAGGUUUAAAGCCACCGUCCACCUGAACGCCUGUCUGGCAGACAAAUCUGUUGGACAGAAGCUGGACAGAAAAUAUCUGGAGAGGCAGUACGCCUGCGCUGUUGAUGAUACUGGAAUGAAAGGUUCUGAUGACAUCUUCAGGCAAAACAAACAGGUGUGUCACCAGGUGAUCAGUGAUAAAACCUCAGAGCUUCAGAUGUUACCUGAUCUGAUGAAGCACAGCUCUUCAUUUAACGGCAGGUAA